AUGACUAAAGAGGAGAAUAGAGUCAAGGCUAAAGAGGAGAAUACAUUGACAGCUAAAGAGGAGAAUAGAGUGACGGCUAAAGAGGCUGAUAGAGUGACAGCUAACAAAGAGAAUAGAGUGACGGCUAAAGAGGAGAAUAGAGUGAUGGCUAAAGAGGUAAAUAGUUUGAUGGCUAACGAGGCAAAUAGAGUGACAGCUGAGGAGAAUAGAGUGAUGGCUAAAAAGGUGAUUAGAGUGGCAUCUAAAGAGGAGAAUAGAGUGACAGCUAAAGUGGAGAAUAGAGUAACAGCUAAUGAGGGUGAUAGAGUGAUGGCUAAAGAGGAGAAUAAAGUGAUGGCUAAAGAGUUGAAUAUUGUGAUGGCUAAAGAGGUGAAUAGAGUGACGGCUAAAGUGGUUAAUAGAGUCACAACUAAAGAGUAG